AUGAGUACUGAGCGUAGACGUCAGACUUCAACUCGUUACAGUCCUUAUCCACCUGGAGGCUAUUCCAGAACUCCAAACCGUCGUCAGAACGAAACUGAAGAGAUAAUCGAACACGAACCGAAACAGCAGCUGGACGAAUCCGUGGUUAUCGAUGAUUAUGAACAGAACAGAGGUAAAAUAUUGUUUUGCUGUGUAUUUAAGUUUAUUUUUUGUUUGGUUCUAAUGAUAUAACUUUAGUUUCCGAAGCCAUUGUGGAAGAAGAAGCCAUUUCAUUCAGAGACAUUGGACAACAUGCCAGGGAUCAAGGCUUCACCUCCAACGCCGAGAUCAUUGUAUGGCUUUAAAUCUUUUUGGAAAUUAAUUGUUAUAAAAGAAUAAUUAAAAAUAAUUUCAUAUUUAUAGAACGCCACUCCGAUCAUCACCAUGGACGUCCCAGCUAUUGAUGUCAUGGAAUUGUUCAACUCGACACAAAGCGGGGAAGACUUGAAGAACAGUUUGGCAGGAAUCGGCUUGAUGGUAAGUGUUUUAUUUGACAAUAUUUUUAAUUUUAGGCUAACAUAACUUAAAAAGUACUGAUGAUACCAAUAUUAUUCAAAAGUUUGGUGCUCAUAAACCUUAAAAUUUAUACCCUAACCUAUAAAUUUUUUAGGUCAACAGACUGAUCUUCGAAAACAGAUACCUAGUUCGAGAAUUGCAUUGUCUUAAAAGCAAUGGCAAUAUGAACCCAGCUCACAGAUUUGAUUCUCUGGUGUUCAAGAAGGUGAAUGUUGUUAACGAAUGGAUAUAUCCUGGAACUCCCGAGAUUCCCCUGCGCAACAUUAAUGAUCUGAUUGACAAUUUCGAUCAAAAUUCGACAAGAAAGAAUGACACAGCUGUGAAUACCUUGCGACGAUUUGUCAAGUAUUUGCUUGAGAAUGUAAGGGAUUCUGUUUUCAUUAAUUCUAUCGUAUAACAUUGUCUUAUGUUACCAUAGGAAGAUUGACUGUUAAAAGAUUGGGCUAAAGUUAUUUUGUAAGAAAUUUACAGAUAAUCCCAAAAAAGCAUCACAACAAGUUCACGAUCAGAGAACGAGGAGGAUACGACCAUUUGACAGAACUUCCGAUCGAUCUUACUACAUUAGUGAGGGAUGUGUGUUUGGAAACUGUCAACUUGUUUGAUCCAAGAACAGAUGAUGACAAAGAAAGACGAGAAGAGCUUGGAGAACUUGUCUAUAAGUACAUGAAGUUUGCUCUGUAAGUUCUUCCAACUUUUGGACUUAUUGUUUUGUAUGUAUUACUACAGACACCAUGGUGCACCACAAAAACCGCAUUCUUACCAAAUUCAACUAAAUAUUAAGCUUUAGGACUAGAAUAGUACAAAUAUCGAUAACUUUGUAAAUAAAGUAAGCAAAAUGUUACAGACAAGAACUUAGAAGAACCCCAAGAAAGUCGAAAGUGCCAGUGGCUCGCCUAACGGAAGAAGAAAUCGUCGAGGUGGACGAACAAGUGGCCGUGUAA